GCGACAGAGUGACGUGGAGGGUGUCGCGCUGGCCCUCGCUUGACGGCAGCCGGGCGGAAAUGAGCGUCUACGACCUCUUUCGGGGCUUCUUCGGCUUCCAGGGGGGGAACAGGCCCCGCGACCCCUUCUUUGGGGGCAUCACAAGGGAGGAGGAGGAUGACGAAGAGGAUGAGGAUGAUGACGGCGGCCCCUCCUUUGGGCCGCGGGGCUUUGGCGCCUUUGGGGGCUUUGGCUUCCCCUUUGGCCCCGGCGGGAUGCGCUUCCACGACGCCUUUGGGUUCGAGGAGCUCUUCCGGGACUUCAACGACCUCUUCAGCGACAUGGGGGCCGUGGGGCUGCCCUCCCGGCCCUUGGAGAUGCCGGGCCUGGAGGCCCCUCCACCACUGGGAGACCCUUCCCUCCUGAAGAGGCGGACGCUGCGGGACUCCAUGCUCAAAUACCCGGACAGCCCUUGUCCUCAAGGCAGAGCCGUGGACGAUGGGUUGCGUCCUCCGCCUCCUGAGAAGAAGCCCUGGCCUCCCUUCCAGGCGCCGGGAGAGGAUCCUUCAGCUCUAGCAGAGAUUCCCAAAGAGGAUGGAGACCUGGACUCGCGCGUCCGCUCCGAAGGCCUCCGGACGGUCCUCCCGCCGCCCUCCCAGCCCCGCUCCUACUUCCAAAGCGUUUCCGUCACCAAGGUGGUGGCCCCCGACGGGACGGUGGAGGAGCGCCGGACGGUGCGUGACAGCCAGGGCCACGAGGAGACGGUGGUCACUCGCCGGAGCGGAGCCGAGACCCUUUUGGACCGGCCAGGUCGGCCCCGCAGGGAGGAGGUCCUGGGCGACGCGCCUUCCCUCCUGGACGUUUUCUUUGGCCGCUGGUUCCGGUAGGGGGGCCGAGCGGGCAGGUCGCCUUGGAGCGGGUGACCGACUGCCCCUCCGCCCUGGAUUGGGCCCCCUCCUCCUCGGAUCCGGACCCCUUCCUGCGCGAUUCCCUCCCAAGAGAGAACGAUUAAAGACCGCCUCUUAUUUAUUC